AGAGUGUGAGAAAAUAAAUUAGACAUUACUACUAGUAGUAAGAUCUAAAAGUGUGGAUUACGAAGAAAGCAACCCAAUAUUUGUUUCUUAUUUAUUUUAAAUGAAAAAUAAAUAGGCAGAGAAAGAAAAAAUUGAAGAAGCGGUGUCAUCGUCGUCUGUGGCGUGGGAGCAGACGGCGUCGUAUCUUGAUCGAGUCAAGCAAACAGAAUCAUCUCAUUCCCACGCCAACAUCGUUCUUUCCAAUUUUGAUCUUUCUUUUCUUUUUCUUCAUCCAUGGAGGUUCAUAGUUCAUGGGAUUCCCUUCGCAAACAGGCAAGAAAAAUUGAAGCUCAGUUGGACGAGCAAAUGGUUUUAUAUCGUAAGUUGGUUUCUACAAAAGCUGGUGCAACUGAGGGUGAUCUCGAGUCUUGGAUUGAGCGAUUACUUAACCAACUCAAACAAGUAAACUCACAGAUGCAAGCUUGGGUGUCCUCUGGCGGCUCAGAAAUGGUAUCUCAUACUCUUACCAGACACCAAGAAAUUUAUCAAGAUCUCUCCCAGGAGUUUUAUCGUCUGCGGUCUAGUCUUAGAGCUAAGCAAGAACAUGCUUCACUACUUGAUGAUUUUAAAGAGUUUGAUAGAACAAGAUUAGAUUUGGAAGAGGGUGGAGGUUCUGAACAGCAAACCCUCCUUAAAGAGCGUGCAUCUAUCAGCCGAAGUACAGGACAGAUGGACUCUGUUAUUUCCCAAGCACAGGCAACACUCGGUGCUCUAGUCUUCCAGCGUUCGACUUUUGGUGGCAUCAAUUCAAAGCUCAGCAAUGUGAGCAGUCGCCUCCCAACGGUAAAUACUAUUCUGUCAGCAAUAAAGCGAAAAAAGUCUAUGGAUACCAUAAUACUUUCCCUAGUUGGGUCUGUAUGCAUUUUUCUUAUUUUCAUCUACUGGCUAACCAAGUAAAGAUGAUGUUUUUUUUUUUGUGUUGGUAGCUUGAGUUUAAUCUUAUUGUAUACUUCUUGUUUGUUAUGGGUGGGGUGAUGUAUUGUUUGAUUGCUGGCGUCCCUUCAUAUGAAGCAAAGCCUAGUAAAGAUGAAGUUGCAAAGUCUAAUUUUUCGACAUCAAUGUAUAAAAUUAUACGCGUUUCAAUA